UCCGCGACAAAGUUCAAUAGGGUCGCUAGAUUUCAGACGCGUAUACAUACCAAUAGUAUACUUUUCGCUGUUUUGGUCGGUGAGUUAGACUUUAGCCCGUGAUUUACUCUCAGACUUUUGCCUCUCCGACAGCUUCAAAUUUCCGACAUCAACGUUCUGUUCUACCCACAUGUCGCUCUCUUUCCUUCUUCCUCCCUUUUUUGUUUUUUUUUUUUAAAUACUGUGCAAAAUAUCGAACUCUUAAAAUAUCUGAGUCUGGGUUAUUCCGGUUUAAUCAGUUUGAGCAAGUACUUACUGAGAGUGAGAGAGUUAUGCUGUUUAGUCGUGAGAUUUUGAAUUUCUUGGUAAGGAAAGAUGUGAAGAAGAUACUUAAACGCAAAGACAGUGAUGCUGGGGAAAGAGGGAGAGCAUUGGAAGAAUUGCGGUCUUCUUUGUUGAACAAAUUUCGCUUGUCUGAAAAUCCAAAGAGACAUGAGCAACGUCUAUGCCAUCCUGUUGUUGCUCUUACAUUCAAUUUCUUUGUUGCUAUCAGCAUUAUUUUCAUGAAUAAAUGGGUGCUUCAAGGAAUUGGGUUUCAUUUCCCUAUAUGCCUAAGUUUUAUUCACUAUUCAAUAAGUUGGGCACUGAUGGCCAUUCUGAAAGCCUUUUCUGUUCUUCCUGCAUCUCCUCCUUCAAAAUCAUCUCUUUUAUCCUUGUUUACUCUUGGCUUCGUUAUGUCUCUGUCUACUGGCCUAGCUAAUGUCAGCUUAAAGUACAACAGCGUGGGUUUCUAUCAGAUGGCUAAGAUUGCUGUUACACCCUCCAUUGUUUUACUGGAAUUUAUAUGGUUCAAUAAACGGGUGUCUUUUUUGAAGGUGAUUUCACUUACAGUUGUUUCUAUUGGUGUUGCUGUGGCUACAGUAACUGAUUUGCAAUUCAGCCUUUUUGGUGCUUGUGUAGCAUUGGCGUGGAUAGUUCCUAGUGCUGUCAACAAGAUCCUCUGGUCCACUUUGCAACAGCGAGAGAACUGGACAGCAUUGGCAUUAAUGUGGAAAACGACUCCAAUCACUUUGUUUUUUUUGGCUUCUCUGAUUCCUUUCUUGGAUCCCCCAGGUGUCCUCUCCUAUCAUUGGAAUGCUAAUAAUGCAUUGUUGAUCAUUGUGUCCGCUUUUCUAGGCUUCUUGCUUCAGUGGUCAGGUGCUUUGGCCCUCGGGGCAACGUCUGCCAUUUCACACGUUGUUCUCGGGCAAUUCAAAACAUGUGUUGUGCUUCUUGGAAAUUAUUAUGUCUUCGGCGCCAAUCCAGGACCGACCAGCAUUUUUGGUGCAUUCACAGCUAUUGCUGGUAUGUCUGCUUACACAUACCUGAACUUAAGCAGUGCGAAAUCACAAGCCGGAAAAACAUCGCCGCAUAAAUCAUCUGCAACAAAGUCUAGGUUUAGUAGAGAAAAUGGAGAUAGCCAUGAUGGAUAUGGUGGGGAAUCUGUGUAGGUAACAUUGUUAACAAUUUUUUUUGGUUGGUCCUUAUUUUUUUUAUUUAUUUUUGGCAUGCAAUGGAUCUCUAAUUUUAUGAGUAGGGGCAGUUUCUAGUUUGAUUUCCAUAGAGCUCUUUUAGAGUAUCCACAUACCAUGAAUCUGAAGCAAACCCGAUAUUGAUUUUGUGUAAUAUAGAUACUGAACUUCUGACAGAGGCAUGGUGGUGAAUGAGUCACAUUUGUAUAUAUUGAUGAGUGUAGGUGAGGCAAUAGAAAUGCUAUAUUUGAUGAUUUCUGUUUU